GUUCCCAGAGCCCUGUCCCUCUUGGCUGGUGCCUCGCUGAGCUCCAGGCAGCCCCUCUGCCCCUUCCUGGGGUCACUGUGGAAGGACCAUGGCAGACACUGGGGAGGGGAAAAAGGAGGAGGCUGAUUAUAAAAGACUUCACAGUUUUCCACUGAUUAGGCACACAGACAUGCCUGAGGAGAUGCGUGUGGAGGCCAUGGAGCUGUGUGUGACAGCGUGUGAGAAAUAUGCCACCAACAACGAGAGCGCUGCCAAGAUGAUCAAAGAGAUGAUGGACAAGAAAUUUGGGUCCUCCUGGCACGUGGUGAUUGGGGAAGGUUUUGGAUUUGAGAUCACUCAUGAGGUGAAGAAUCUGCUCUACAUGUUCUUUGGUGGCAGCCUGGCCGUGUGUGUCUGGAAGUGCUCCUGACAUCUGCCCAGGCCCCAGACUCGCUGCAUACAAAGAUUUGUUGCUUCCCUUGACAGGUUUUGUACAAUCUGGAGGUGGGGCUUUAUUUUUAAUAGUUAAAAGUCCAGAUUUUGGUUUUCAUACUGACGUCACAGUUCCGUGGGGUACAUGUAGUUGGUUUGCCUGUGCGUAUAGACUUGCUUCAGCUCUCCUGUC